AUGCCUCUUUACAAACAGUGUAAUGGGGAAAAGGCUUGUGCCAUAUAUGCAGCUGAUAAAGCAGUCGAUAGUAAAAUUGAAACAUGCACGAGAACAAACCCUAUUGGUCCCACUACAGAUGCAAAUAAUGUAUUAUGGUAUGUGGAUCUUGGCGAUAUCUACAGUGUUUACAACAUCACCAUACACUUUAAAGACUAUGAUGGACAAAUUUCGAGACAAAGAGGCCGAUUUGCAGGAUUUUCUAUCUAUCUAUCGAAUUCUACAGAGAAAGAGGCUGGAUACCUUUGUUAUAAAAACAGACUCCAACUGCCCCCUUUAAAUUUCACAACAAGUUGUAUAGGACAUGGCCAAUACGUUAUCUAUUAUAAUGAAAGAUCGGAAAAUGACUCUGAAGAAUAUGAAAGUGUAUCAUACACCGAGUUGUGUGAGGUAAUAGUGCAAGGUUGUGACAAAAAUGUUUUUGGAGUUGACUGUGACCAAAGCUGUCCAGUUAACUGUCUAGAACAGAGAUGUCACAUAGUUAACGGAAGUUGCCUUGGGUGUAGGCUAGGGUGGAAAGGAGACACGUGUGAAAAUAGUGCGUACGGUACAAAUGUAUGUGUUGGACACUGCAUAAACAACGCUACCUGUCAUCGCGAGUUUGGCAGUUGUGUAGACGGCUGUGCCUCGGGAUGGAUGAAGCCCUUGUGUAACAAAGUAUUAACGUGUAACAUGGAGAAGAAUAUGGAUUUGCAUAAUGAUAAAUCCGCGGAAAAUGAUGUCAAGGAAGUAGUCAAGAGAGGUCCGCCGACUAAUAAAGUCAUUCCUGUAAAAAAUCUGUAUGCCAUCAUCGCCAAAAUGUCUGCCACUGAGAACUCUGGUUUUAAACAUGAAUAUCAAGAAAUUCCAAGAGGUGAACUGUUUCCAUGUGAGGAUGCGAAAAAACCUGAAAAUAAACCUAAAAAUAGAUAUACAACUACCUUUCCAUAUGACCACUCGAGAGUUAUUUUGAAAACUUCAUCUUCUACGGAAAAUGACUACAUCAAUGCCAAUUAUAUCGAGGAAAGUAUAAUUUUAAUUGAUACACAGAGUAAACAGAAUUAUAUUGCAACUCAAGGCCCAAAACCAAAAACAGUUGUUGACUUCUGGCGGCUGGUGUGGCAGGAAUGUGUAUCCAUUAUUGUUUGUCUGACGAAUCUUAAGGAAGGGAACAAAAUAAAGUGUACUCAAUAUUGGCCGAACUUUAACGACAGAAUGCAGCAUGGUAACCUUAUAAUAAGAAACCUGGAAGAGAAAAUAUAUGCUAAUUACAAGACAAGACGCUUCAAAAUACACAAUAAUUUGGAAAGACACGAUCGUGAAGUGUUGAUGUUCCACUUCACAAGAUGGCCAGACCAUGGAGUACCUGAUCCACUCAGUCUUGUUGUGUUCCAUCUUCACGUAAUGAAGACGUCCUCAAAAACUGGAAAAUACACAUUGGUUCAUUGCAGUGCCGGAAUUGGCAGAACCGGAACAUACAUUGCCUUGGAUGCCCUAUAUCGGGAAGGGGAGAGAAAUGCCAGGGUCAAUGUACCAAUGUACGUCAGGACUAUGAGAAAAGACAGAAUGAACAUGAUACAGGGCGACGACCAGUACAGAUGUGUUUAUCUUGCCCUUUGUGAAGCUUUCAGUGGACGGUCUAGAUGUCGGACAACUGAGACACUUUCUCAACAAUCUCAAGAUAGAUCAUGCUACACUAACUGUGGGGAAGUAACGAAUACACCUUCAUUGUCAUCAGAGUUCCAAACUCUACAGUCUCUUCGGAUAAAAUUUGCAGAGAAAGACUAUGAAUCUGGACUUAAAAACAAAUCGGCCAACUACACACAGAGUGUUCUGCCUGUGGAAAAAUACAUGUGCUAUUUGUCGUAUACAAAGGGAAGGAACAACUACUACAACGCUGUUCUUCUUCAGUCCUUCACUGAAAACGACAGUAUGAUCAGCGCCCAGUACCCACUUCCUGACUACACUGAAGAUUUUCUCAGACUCAUCAGGGACUUUGAUGCUCGUGUUGUGGUUUUCCUGAGUCCUUUAAAGGAAAUUAAGUCUUCAUUCUUCUGGGUUCCAACAAAAUCAGAACACAAAAAUGUAGGCAGUUUUGAACUUAAAUUGGAAACAUCAACUAAUACUGUAAACUUUACAACCAGGAAUUUAGUUUUGCAGCCAAAGGGAAGUAGCGACAUGAGAAUAACUGUGUUUGAAUGUAAGACCUGGAAGGAAGGGAGGUCCCUUGCUGAUAAAAGAGUAUUACUUGAUGUGGUCAAAGAGGCAAAAUCAGAAAAAGAUAAAGAUGAGGGGAAAAUACUUAUUUUGUCCAGUGAUGGAGCCACACGCUGUGGAGCAUUCUGUGUUGUCUAUAACGCCCUGGAACAACUCUUGAUGGAUAAGGAAGUAGAUAUCUUCACCAUCACACGACAACUUCAGAUUCGUAGACCGGAGUUUGUGUCUACUUUGGAGGAAUACCAGCUUUGUUAUGAUGUCCUUGCAGAAUACAUGCAGAAUGAUAGUGUUUACGCGAAUUGUUAGACAAAGGGAGGAAACUUUUUAUAACUUAGUACAUAAUAUCUUUAACAUUCGUUGUUGAUUAAU